CCUCCUCACCACACGGAGCCUCCUCAUACCAAGCCUCCCCAUAAUACGGAGCCUCCUCACCACACGGAGCCUCCUCAUACCAAGCCUCCCCACAAUACGGAGCCGCCUCACCACACGGAGCCUAUCACGAAGAUCACCAAGACAACCACCUAUGUCACUACUACAUGCCCGGUUACAUCUACUGUUGUCACCUCUGGCAGCAAGACUAUCACCGUCCCCAUCACUCAGACGAGCAGCAUUACGGUCACCACUACUUUCUGUGAGACCACGCCUGUGAAGCCUGUGCCGACCGGCACCAGUAUCCCAACUACAGUUCUUCCACCUGCUCCAAUUCACACUGCUCCCUUCCAGAACACCACCGUUCCGGUCCCGGUCCCCACUCAGCCAGUUCCUGUCGCUCCCAGCCAGCCUUCUGUUCCCGGAAAGCCUGUCUCCCCCACUCAACCCUCUGUCCCAGGUCAGCCUUCUGUGCCUGGUGAGACCCCUGUCCAGCCUACUGCUCCGGGUAAGACUCCAGUUCAACCUUCCGUUCCGGGAGAGACUCCUGUUCAGCCCACAUCUCGGGUUCCCGAGCAGCCUACCUCUCCUAAACAGCCAACUGCUCCGGUCGAGACCCCUGUUCAGCCUACUACCCCGGUUCCUGUGACUCCCGUUCCUGAGACUCCGGUUCCUGAGACUCCGGUUCCUGAGACUCCCGUCCCUGAGACUCCGGUCCCCGAGCAGCCAACGGCUCCUACUAAGCCGACUCAUGUCACCCCAGUUCAGCCCACUGAGUCGUCCUUCACUGGUGCUGCCCAGACCGUCAAGCCCGCUGCCGGUCUCUUGGCUGCUGUUAUGGGUAUGAUGAUUCUGCUGUAA